UCCCGACUCGUAGCGAUGUCCUUUGUUCCGUUCGUAGCUUCUAGCUACGUUCGUAGCAACAAAAGACAUCAGGUGAUGUUUCCCUUCAGAGUUCUGUCGCCUCCACCAAUUGGGCAUAGCACACCGAGGGCGCGCUACGCGCGGCGCAUGUCAGAGAUCGACGGCACCAUGGUGGCCAUCUUGGACGGUGACUUCCAGGUGAACCUGACCAUGGAGCCGUUGGAGGCAGCUGUGGCCAUGCAGUCAUCACCUUCAGUUUGCAGAGUCAGUUCCACCGGUCCAUCUGGAAGAGCCUACACCUUCAAUCUCACUUGGGUGUCUUUGACCAUCGCCAGGUGUGGCCCCUUGACGGCGAAUCAUCCAUUUCCCAGCUUGCACCGCCUGAAGCUGGAAGUGUCGCCCAAUGGCGCCCAAUGGUUCCUGGCACCGCGUGCCUUGACGUUGUUUGAGCAGCCGCAGUUUUACAGCAUGUCGCCUCUGCUGGCGGCGCGCGUGUCGCCCCGUUGGAUCACCAUCCGUGGCAUUGGCUUUCCGAGGGGCAUUGGAUUGAAGAUUCAGGUGGAGAUCGCUCCAGGCUUCGUUCGUCAGGCGCUUCGGGUGAACAGCACCGCCUUGCGCUUCCGUUCUCCGCAGUCCUCCUUGGCACUGAACGCCACGAUUGCGGUGACCUUCGGUGGAGCGCCGGCCAAGGACACCGGCUUCAUCCUCAGCUUGGUGGAGUCUCCCAGCGUCAGCAGCGUGUCGCCACCGGCCAUCAGCGUGGGGGAACCACAAAGCAUCGAUUCGCGUCGGCCCAUCAACAUCUACGGUCAGAACUUCCGGGCCACGGACGAAUGCAUCUUCCAGUCUGCCUCGAUGGCUCUACCGCAACGGGUUCCUUUGUCCAGUUUUAUCUCCUCCACGCAUGUGCAAUGCCGCGCUCCAGGCGCAGCCUUGUCGGAUGCCCUGAUUCCGGAAGAGGAACCGGAGGAAGCCGAUUCCUGCGAGAUCUAUGCGUCGUUGCAGAGCCAGAUCAACACCUUAAGAGAUCAAGUGAAUGCAAUGAAGGUGGGCCUUCUCACGCAGCGCGACAGCGAUCGGCCUGGCUGCUUCGGCGGAUGUGAGGAGAUGAAUCUGAGCUUCUUCAAUGGAACCCUGCUGCCUUGGUUUUCUGAAGUGGAAGGAGACCCCAACCAAACGGCGGUCAACGUCACAGACUGGAACGACAAUGACUCGAACGGCACUGAACUCGAGGCGGACACCAGCCAGGCCUUCAUUCUGCCGCCUCCAAGCGCGGAGCAGGUGGCCUUGGAAGCGCAGACGGAGCUCUUGAUCUUCCAGGCUGGCGUGGAGUACUUGAAAUGCGUGGCACAGCAAGCGAAGCCCGUGGUCAGUCAGGCCAGAGCUUUGGGCGGCUUCCUUUUGGCCAAGGUUUGGACACCUGACCUUUUGGACCAGCAACCCAGCGCCCUUGGGGAGGCGGAGUCCUUCCCGGUGCGGCUGCUGCCGCGCCUGGGGAUUUCCUUCGUGUUGCCGGACUCGGGCCCUGUGACCGGAGGCACUCUCAUUGCGGUGGCUGGCAAUGGCUUCACACAGCAAGGGCAACUGUCAUGCGCCUUUGAUGAGAAUCUCUACAUGCCCGCACGGUUUUUCAACGAGACCUUGAUCUACUGUACAACGCCCGCAUAUCAUCCAGCAGGCGUGGCCAAGCUGAACGUCGCCAGCUGGGCUCACGAGUUGUCAGUGACCCACGUGGACUUUACCUUUUAUCCAGAGUGGACCUUCUCUCUCCAAGAGGAGGCGGCCUGCUUCGCGGGAGCUCGUGGGGAUCGUGUGGUGCUCCAUGCUUCCGAGGCGGAUUUCAUGCAGUGGCGCUAUUCGGUCUACAAGGCUCAAUGCUUGUUCACUACGGUUGGACCGCCCAUGAGGGUCUUCGAUGCAGAGGCGACGAUCUAUGCCUGGAACAGCACCAUGCGAGUCAUGUGCCCUUGCCCCGCGCUGUCCUUGGGUGAGAGUCUCAUCAGUGAAUCCCUCAAUGUGUCGAUCUCCUUGGAUGGCAAAGCCACCAUCAUCGAUGUGCUUGGUCCGCUGGUGCAGAUUCUGAAGUCACCCGAAGUGCAUCACACGGCUCCACAGGUAUGGACCUUGGGGAGAGAUUUGGACCUGGUGAUCCAGGGCGCCCACUUCCCCUUGGAGGUUGAAAUGGCCUGCCUUCUCUUUGACCAGAGCGUCCGAGGCUAUGCUUUUGAGUCCUUCCACAUGCGGCAAGACAGCAUGUGGCGCGGCCUGAUCGAGGAUAGUUGUCCAGAAGUGCCUGUCGCCGAGUACACACACCAGUGGCAGGAUGUGCGAGAGUCCUACUGUGCCUUUGCAGGUGCCAAUGCCUCGAGAGAUGGACCUUUGGUCUUGACGCCGGUGGAGUACGUCUCCUCCACUGAGCUGCGGUGCCACAUCCCGGCGCCACCCAUGACCAUGAGGGGUCACCUCAUGACGAAUCGCUCGGUGAAAGCCUACUUGGUGGCGAAGAAGAGUACAGGCUAUUUGACGCAGGUCUCCGAGCUUCCCGACCUCUUCCUCCUACCAAAGCCGCAGAUCCAAGCAGUGGAACCUGAGGUGGCUGCAGUGGUGGAGGAGAACGACACAAGCCAGGUCGAGCCACUCUUGAUCCACGUGAAGGGACGGGAGUUCUUCCUGAAGCACACCGGUCUCAGCGACCAAAGGAGGUGCCGUUUGCAGUGGGAUUUUGCUGGUUUGGAGGAUCGGUUUUUCACAUUGUUGGUCUUGAGCGAGACGGAGGCCAUGAUCUACUCCGAGGGGCCCAGCUUGGUGCCGCCGUUUCAGAGGGUCACUCUGAAGCUCAACACCACCGCGGAGUCCUUGUCACACUACCAGGCCAUACCCGAACCGGCCAGGACCAGAGAGGCAGUGAAGUUGGCAUGGAGAAGUUUUGAGGACCACCAGCGCUUGGUGCGACUUCGGGAUGCCUUCCGUGGCCUCGCGGUGGAAGACGAGAGCCGCGUUUCGGGGGAACGUCAGCAUCGAGGGUGGUCUGGCCACCUAGUGAUAUUUUACCAGAUGAUGCGCAUGCCCAGCAAGUGCAAAGAUCCAAAGUUGGCGCCCUUAGCCCUCGGGGCAGGAGUAAACUACCUUCCUACCUACCUUGGAGUCGCCUCCACGGCGGGACCGGCGGAGAAACCCAGCGAGUCGACGGGCAAUGAGGAUGCUGAAAUCGAGAUGCGCAUGGCCAGCGGAUGGCUUUCCAAAGAAGAAGGGCACCGCUUGAAGACCCUGCUGAAGAUGGGCGAGGUCCCCGAGCGAACGGCCGAUAAGGCCAAAGAGACUGAGUUCUGGACGCAUUCCACCACGGUGAUGCUGAAGAAUAUCUUGCUCCACAAGGAAUUUCCCACGGCCUUCACCAAGUUCUUGUCGGCCAUCGGUGUGAAGUACAUCCGACAGAAGAUCAAGGACGGAGACGGAUGGCUCCCGGACGGAGGGAUCUACACGGUCUUGGAUUUUAUCUUCACAGUCUGCUUCGUCGUGGAGCUCUUCGUGCGCGCACUCCCAGAGGGCUGGCGCUGGUGGUGUAAAGCUUCCAACAUUUUUGAUGUGAUCAUCGUCCUGGCCACCAACGUGAUCCCGGUUUGGAUCCUGCUGCCUUUGGGCAUCGACAACGCGGUGAUGCGCCCCUUCGCCGUGCUCCGACUCUUCCGCGCCGUGAAGCUGGGGCGGCUCAUCCGGAAGUAUCGACGCCUGAAGAUUCUAUGGAACCUCUUCCAGGGGAUGAUUGGCAGCGGUCGAAUCCUUGCCUACACACUCUUAAUGCUGGGCACAACGCUAUUCAUCUUUGCAGUCUUUGUGGUGGUGUUGAUCACCAAGAACCCUGCCACGAAGGAUCAUCCCAUGGUCAUUGCGCGCUUCCAAACGGUACCCGAGGCCUUUUUCACCUUGUUUCAGAUCAUCACCUUGGAUAGCUGGAUGACGGAACUUGCACGACCCCUCGGCGAUGCUAGUCCCCUCGCAGCCAUGAUCAUCGUUUCUGCAGUUUUGCUGGUUGAGAUGUGCUUGUUGAACCUGGUAGCCGCCACGAUCCUCAACGCGGCGUUUGAACGCCAAGCAGCGGACUAUGAGAUGGUCGCGCGCGAAAAGAAGGACCGGUGUCUUCGCGGGGUGCCAGCGGGCCACCCAAAAUCUGGGCUCGAGACACCAGCAGAAGGGUUCAUGUGGGUGGCCUCUCAUGACUCCCCUGAUUUUGAUUUGGGGAAGGAAGUCUUUUCUGGAUUGAGCCGUGGAGUCAUGCUGGACUCAAACCAUGGGGCCAUCUUAGGAGACUCGGGAUGGACAACAGUGAAGUUGAUGAAGGUGGAAGAGGUGCCAGGCUUCAUUGAGGAGCGAGAAAAGUUGGUGCGUAGUCGUUUGGAGCUGAGAGGACAAUCCGUCCACAUCGGAGGAGGUGGUGGCAAGAGAAAUGAGGCAGAAGAGGCAGAAGAGGCCUCAGAGGAUGUUCGGACUUUGAGUGUCUUCUAUGAUGACCAGGGCGAACGUUAUCGCUCCUGGCGUGAGGCCACCAAGGACACUCGAGAAUACUCCUACUCCGAUUGGCCGCUGGAGGGCCCUCAGUCCGUUGUCCACCUCAUGAAGUACAUGUUGAAGAAUGGGGGCAGCCCAAAACAAUGGCUACUGGUGUGGGCUCGGCACAAGGGAGUUCACGACAAUGACCGGGUGAUGCAUGAGAUGAGGGCCCUGCUCGAAUGCUUCGAGCAAGCUGGCUGCUACGAUCAGUUGAAUUUGGGAAGCCUGGCUUGCUUUGAGACACUGGGUCGUCGCAUUCAGAGCAUUGUUGAUGCAUACAACAGUGGUUCAGCAUCUUCACCCGAUUGGGGCGCUGCCAAGAUCAUGUCAGGCUACCAGGGGCCGGAGGACUUGGUGUCGCCGACCCUCCGCUCAUGGGCAGCUAAGAAGGGGAAGGAGGAGGUCGAGCUUGCAGCUGCCAGAACGAAGAUGAGAGAGUUCAAGAAGUUGCAAGCGCCCGUUGAAGAAGCCGCUGCCGCUGCCGUCGCUGAGGGCAGCCUUCCUGCAGGCGGAGGAGCCGUGAUGGCCUUGAAUUGGUUGGCUGGCUAUGAUUUUUUGCAUGGCACAGAUGGUGAGCCUGACCCCUUACAAGUUGAGGUUCUCCAACGAAUUCGCGAACUUUCCAAGGACGCUGGAAACAUAGGCACCUUGGGAUAUGUUCCAACUCCAGAGGCAGCCUUGCGAGAGCUGCUCAAGGGAAAAUCGGAAUACAACCAGCCCAAGAUCCCUGUUGCUUUAGCCCCCUACAGUCUCGAGCGCAUCUCUCUACCAGCUUCACUCCAUGACCUUCCAGAGGCCAAGGACUUGCUGCCCAAAGAUGCCCGUCGAUAUUUGUUGGGUGAAGAGCUCAUGCUUAGGGAGGGAGAAGUUUUUGAGUCUCCCCGCCCCUAUUGGGAUCCUGUUUUGGCAAACAACAAACGAUGCUACCGGGAGUUCAUUCAACGUCUGGACGACAUAGGACUUUUGCAGUAUACUCAGAAACCCAAAAACGAAGUUGGCGUGUUUUUUGUGCACAAGAGUGACAAGAAGAAGAUUCGUUUAAUUGUUGAUGCCAGAUCCGCAAAUGCCCUUUUUCGAGACCCUCCGGGAGUUGAGCUUUGUUCAAGUGAAGGGUUCAGCCGAAUUGAAUGUGAAGUGUCCUCUGACGCCAAGCCUGGAAGCCCCGAGUUUCUGGAGGAGCUUAGAACCAUGGAGCUUCACGUGGGCCUUUCGGAUGUGAAGGACUGCUUCCACAGGCUCAAACAACCGAGGUGGCUUAGUGAGUACUUCUGCUUGAAGCCCAUUCGAGCUCACUGGGUGGGUUUGGCCGGCAAGUAUUUGGAAGGGGUUAAGUUGGGUAGCAAUGACCUCAUUUAUCCCAUGCCUGGCAGCUUGUGCAUGGGGUUUUCAUGGAGUCUUUAUUUUUGCCAACAGAUCAACGAACAUCAGUGCACUUUGACUCGCAGUUUGGGAGAUUCGACAUUGAUCACUGACAAAGGCAAACCAGUCGUCUUCAAAAGUUCGAAGUGUUUGAAAGAAGCAGAGUCCACUACAAGACAUUAUGUCUACGUCGACAACCUUGGAGUCCUGUCGCCUCACAAAGCGGUCGUUGCAACCGCCCUCCAGGAGUUGGACGAGCACUUUGGAGGGCGGGGCUUGUUGCUUCACCCAGGAGAGGUGCACAGCAGUGAGACACGGGCGCUAGGGACUAUUUUGGACGGGAACAAUCUUUGUUCAAAAAUCACACCUGAGCGCUUUCACAGAGUUCGACAGAGCAUUCGAGGGUUACUCAAUAAGAAGCGUGUGACGGGACAGAUGCUAGAGGUGGUGGUGGGGCACGCCACCUUUUGUGCCCUGAACAACAGAAUGUUGCUGUCCGUUUUUCACAGUAGCUACAAAUUUAUCAAGGCACAUUAUUUUGAGAACAGCAUGAUUUGGGAUUCAGUGCGGGCCGAACUGACAGCCUUCGCAGGACUGAUGAUCUUCCUGCGGUCGGAUUGGUGGCGGCCUUGGAAUCCCUUAGUUUGCAGCAGCGAUGCCAGCAACACGGGUUAUGGAGUGUGCACUUCUUUUUGGAGUCUCGAAGAUGUGGCCAGGGUUGGGAGACAGAAGGAGCGUAGCCGGUUUAGGAGAUGCGAGGGGCACUCUGCCCGCGAGUCAUCUCUAACUUCGGCAGGGUUCGUAAAGGACGAGGUUACAGGUUGUUGGAAAACAGGUGAGCUUUCGUCUGAAGACUAUCUCAACUUGAGUGGUUGGCAGAUCGACCAGAACUUUGAAGAGGUGCCGGCCCGUUUGCUUAGGAAAGACAGAUGGCAGCCCAAGCUUUGGGGACGCUGGCGGUUCAAUGAGGGCAUCCUCACCUUGGAGGCGGCCAGAGUGGAGGCCCGGCUCAACCCGGGGAAGUUGACCGUGAACAGUUGCAAGGACAAGAAGGUUCCUGUUUUGAAACCAGCGGAGACCGAAGAGUUUCUGACAACCAAAGGGAGUCUAGGCGCGGUGCCCACUCUCGAGAAUCCUGGCGACGAGCCUGUGGCGGUUCGAGACAGCGGCUCAGUCUCGAGCAGUUCAGACAGCAGCAGCGAUUUCGAACUGGUGCAGAAGAGACGAAAGAACCUACACUCUCGGGCCCGCCACCGGAGAAGAAAGUAUGUGGACUUCCUCAUCGCGGGCAGGGGCAAGAGCGAGCUGACCUUGUUAGAAAGAAAGGCAAUUGGAGCUGCGUCAGAGAAGAUGUACCAGAAGGAGAUGCAGGCCUUCCUCGACUAUGCCCAAUGUCGAGGCCUGGACGUCAGCAAGGCAGAGACAGUCGACAAGUUGAUGGUGCAAUACAUGAACCUGUGUUACCUGGGGGGCCACCAAGCCUUUGUGGGCGACAGGCUCAUUGCCAGUUGGCUGCAUCAUCACCCUCAAUACAGCAAAGCUGGAGUAAAGAGGAUUCCUCGUGCACUUCGCUGCCUCAAAGGGUGGAGACGCCUCUGCCCCGGAAGGUCCAGGGUUCCUUAUCCUUUGGCCAUUUGGUGCGGGGUAGCAUGUUUGAUGAUGGAGGCUGGCUUUCCCAAGAUGGCUGUUUUCGUAAUGUUGGCCCUGUCUCCAUGCAGUCGACCCUCGGAGCUUUUGAGAUUGAGGAGGUUCAGCCUGAUCCCGCCUGCCACCGGAGUGACGGGCAGCUGGAGUCUCCUCUUGAGCCCCGAGGAAUUGCAACAAGCCUCAAAGACAGGAGACUACGACGUCAGUGUCCUGUUAGACUCUCCCUAUACAAACUGCUGGGUCACCAAUGUUCUGAAGUCCUUGAAGAAGGGAGCCAGCAGUGCUCGCCUGUGGGACUUCGACUACAGCCAAUACCUGGCAGUGUUCAAGAGGUGCGCCAAGAAGAUGGACAUCCCCCUGGAGCCAUACCACUCCCGGCACAGCGGCCCAUCCAUCGACCGGAGCCGCAAGUACCGGUCACAGCUGGAGGUGCAAAAGCGGGGGCAAUGGAAGAGCAACAAGUCAGUCGUUCGCUACGAGAAGGCGGCAAGGCUGGCUCGAACCUGGGAGCAGAUCCCUACCAAGACCAAGGAGUACUCGCAAGCGUGCGAGGCGGCGUUCGACGACAUCAUGACUGGCCGAAAGAAGUGUCCAAGUUCAAACCGCCUAGGAGAAACCAGAAAGGCUGCUAUGUAG